GAUGAUAUAAAUGACAUCUCAGAUAUUAAUGCAGACGAUUCUUUUGACCAAGUUUCUGAAUCGUCAUCUAGUAAUAUUUCCCAAGUUAGUAAUUUAAAAAAGCAUAAAUCAUCGGUUUGGCCAUACUUUAAUCUAGAAACAGUUAAAAAUUUUGGAAAACCUGUUUGUCGAAAAUAUGGAACAGUAUAUAAAAAUACUACUGGAGUUUCUACAUUAAGGAGACAUCUUAAAAACUACCAAAUAGAAGCACCUAAAAAAAAGCAAACUACACUUUACAUCUAUUGGUCAGACCCUCAUAAUGAACAAGAACAAAAAAAAAGAAAUGAAAAGUUAAUUUUUUGGUUAAUUGUAGAUCAACAAUUAUUUACAAUGGUUGAAAAUCAAUACUUUUGUGAAUUUAUAAAUAUUUUAGAUCCUCCCAUUAGUUGUGUUCUUAGAGAAUUUGAAUUAAGUAAUAAAACUAUAGUACUUACAACUGAUAAUAAAUCAGCUAUGAUAACAUGUAGUCAUUUGUUAGCAAAAGAGUUAGAAAACGAAUUUGAUAAUAUUGGAUUCUCUUACUAUAGGUGCGUGGCACAUGUCUUGAAUCUGGUAGCAAAGCAAGAAUUGAGAAUGGUUGAUUUAGCUGUAAGUAAAGUACGACAAUUAAUGGCAAAAAUUAAAGCAUUAGUUCAUCUUUGUGAUGAAUUAUGUAUCUUAUGUGAGUUUAAAGGAAUUAGAUAUCUAAAAGCUGAGCUUGAUAUGGAAGUAAGAUGGAAUACUUUAAAUCUUCUUAGUGUUGAUAAUAACUCGAUUGCUGAAUUGUAUUCUAAUAAUGACGAUCAACAAAAAUUACAA